AUGUCCUACUAUGAGCAUAUUGUGUUUGACUAUGACAUAAACGACAGUGGUUCUGGCGACUUGGGGCUUGCUCUGGAGGAUCCGUGUGACCUGGAUCAAGUUAUAACCCCUGACCUCCAGAGAGUGUUCCUCCCUGUGGUCUACGGCUUCAUCUUUAUCCUGGGCAUCACUGGGAACGGCCUGGUGUUGAUGGUGCUUGGCUGCCAGCGCAGGUCAGAAUUGAGUCUGACAGACCGCUACCGACUGCACCUCUCUGCUGCCGAUCUUCUCUUUGUGCUGACGCUCCCGUUCUGGGCAGCGGAUGCCGCCCUGACGGACUGGCGUUUCGGAUUAGGCACCUGUGUGGCCGUGCACGUCAUCUACACGGUGAACCUGUAUGGGAGUGUGCUCAUCCUGGCCUUCGUCAGUCUGGACCGCUACCUAGCUGUGGUCAAAGCAACAGACGCGCACACCUCACGCACGAGACAGCUACUGGCACGGAGACUGGUGUUUGUAGGAGCCUGGUCGCCUGCGGCUCUCUUGGCCGUGUCAGACAUAGUGUUUGCCAGGACUUGGGAAGCAGGAGAUGGGACGAUUGUGUGCCAGCGCUUAUACCCAGCUGACAACGCUCCUCUCUGGGAGUCAGUGUUCCACCUGCAGCUGGUGUUGGUGGGCUUGCUGGUACCGGGCCUAGUUUUGCUGGCGUGUUACUGUGUCAUCGUGUCCAGGCUGACACGCAUCGGGCCUCUGCAGGGGCAGAGACAGAAGCGCAGAGCUGUCAGGACCACUGUGGCGUUGAUCGUCUGCUUCUUCCUGUGUUGGCUCCCGUAUGGUGCUGGCAUCACUGUGGAUGCCCUCAUGCGCCUACAGGUCCUUCCCAGGGGCUGCAGUCUGGAGGUGGUGCUGAGUGUGUGGCUGGCGGUGGCUGAACUCAUGGCAUUUGCCCACUGCUGUCUAAACCCGCUGCUGUACGCCUUCCUGGGGGCGGACUUCAAGAGGUCCGCCAGACAGGAGGACUCAACACUCGGUCGCCUCAUCUCCAGUAUGACGAGCCCGCCUCCUAGACGCCCAGGAACCUCUACUACCACAGAGUCUGAGUCAUUUAGUCUACACUCCAGCUAACAGAAUAUGGGUGUGGAUGUAGGUGUGGGUUGGAUGAGGGUGUAAAUGCUUCGUCCUAUAUAUGGGAAGAGGGUAGUCUGCUGAUCCAUGACUUUGUCCCUUGU